AUGGUCACUCGUACAUCCGGGAUCCAGCUCUCAAAGUCACUUCUAGCCUGGCCUGUACGCACUACUCUGUUUGAAUCAUCUUACCGAAUAAAGCACACUCAAUAUUCGACAACAAACUUUAGUGGGAGACGACAAUUCUUACACCAUAGCACAAAUCGGUUCUUCAAUUCUCGAUGUUGUUAUCAUGCUCCAGCUGCCACAUCUGUCAAUGACUCUCCCAGAGCUGAAGUUUCAUAUCCCUUUGACCAGUAUGCCUCAAGUAUCAUCAAGAAAAGCUGGGAUAGCACAAAGGAUACAACUGUAUCACUUCAGAAUUUUCUAGACGCCAUGUAUGUUGAAAAGGCAAGCUUAAGCCCCGAAGUAACGCAGCAAAUGCAGCAGUUCUGGGUUCCAUACAUGGAAGGCCUUAGUGUAGACAGAUAUGCUGAUUACCCUAAGAUUUCAGACUCGUUAGCCUGUCUACUUGUCCAGUAUUACUGUGUUAAACUGAACCUUGAGCGGGCAGCUGAGGUUUUCACCAACUGCUCAAGGCUGGGAAACUGCUUGAAUGGUUUUUCGUGCAAUCUUCUUGCGUUUUAUACCCUCCAGCAGCAGCAAAGUGUAUCUCAUCUGAAAACUUUCAGUACGAUCCUCCUGACUAUGUCUCAGUGCAAUUAUAAGUUUACGUUGAGUCAUCAGAUGAUUGAUAGGUGGCUUGGAGCGGCCCUAAAGGCCAAGGAUGUUGAUCUUUUAUCGGAAUUCGUCUAUCACUUCACAGAUAUAGCGAGUUUGCCAGCUCGAAAAAGCACUUCCAAAGUUUUCAGGUUUGCACUCACAUACGAGGAGCUACAACAAAUUUCCUUGCUGUGUGUUCAGGGAGGGAAGUUUGCACUUUUCUCGAAGAUUGUCGGCUUUACUCUCAAAAAAAUGCGUUCGGAUUCUGUGCCAUCCGCCAGAAUUAAUGAAUAUAGAUCUAAUAUGACACUUUCGCGUUUCAAUGCCUACGUUAAGAUGUUGGGAGCUUCAAAAGUCAUCCUGAAUGGUACUUUCAACACCUUCGGGUUUGCCGGCGGGAAACAUCACUGCAAAGCAUCAGAUUUUCCUUUACUUGUACAUUCUCUGGGUAAAGAGCAUCCAAACUUGAAGUAUGACACCGCCUUACAUCUCAUAGAACAGAUGUGUGGAUACCAUAUUAGGGAAUAUCUGGGACGGUACUCUCCUGUUUUGCAUCCUUUAGAACAGAAAUCAAGGAUAUAUAAGGCAGCUGUGGGGUCUAAAGCAGCAGUUGAGGAAAUUCAGUCCGAGUACUCUAAUCUGAUACGACUUUUGUGUGGGAACGGGGCGUCCCGAAUAGGUAAGCCUGCGAGGAUGUCAUCGAAGUACAGAAAUAGAGCAUCUGUGAGUAGGCAUGCUGUAUUUGGAGUUCUUCCCUUGAACAUAAUUCUAAAUGUGAUAGCAAGCACUAAUGGGGACCUGCGGGUGGCACUAAAGCUUGUGAAGUCGAUGAUUAAUAACCACAGAUGCUCGAUUGAUAAUGAAACCAUCGUUUAUUUGACACGAGUGUUUAGAAAAAAUGCAAAGAGCGGGCCUCUUCUUCCAUCCGUGAUUCAGGCAUUUAAAAAGGAUUUGGUGUUAAAUAGGCAGCUCUAUCUUUCAGUGCUUGACGUUCUCAUUGAGUGCGAUGGGAGGAUGGACGAUAUUUAUAAAUAUUUAAAUGGUUAUGUCCAUUGUGGAUACUUGGUUUCUGGUUACUUAUAUGAAAGGGUUAAGGAGGUAAUGGAGAAGCAAAACGAUAAGAGAUACAUGGAAUUCAAGCCUGUGUUGGACAUAUUUAACGAGGGAUAG